GUUUGUAUGAGAGAGAGAGAGAGAGAGAGAGAGAGAGAGAGAGAGAGAGAGAGAAACUAUGCAAAAAGAAUGAGAAUAGGAGUGUGCUUGCCAGUCAUUGCAAAGUGUCCCUAGAGUAGGCAGAUGGGAGGAGAAAGAAAGGAGGCCCGUGGGUGUCGCUGCAUGCUUCCCUUAAGUCCAACUCAGGAAAGCCGUGGUCAGCAUGACCUAACAGACGAAGGGGGCAGCUCUUCCCAAUCUUCUCCAGCUGAAGGAUGAUGGCCAGACCUUGGAAGGCGCCACAGCUCCUGGUGGCCAUUCUGGUGGCCCUGGUGGCCUUCAGCUGCCAACAAAAGAGGAAGACAUAUAUAAGCGUCUUCAAAAUGAGUGCGCUGGAUUCUUCUGCACAGAGCACACUGAAGUAUGUCACGGAGGAAUACAACAAGAAAAGUGAUGACUUGUACAACUUCAGGAUCAUCCGCAUCCUGGAUAUUGAGUCUCAGGUAACAGACCACAUGGAGUUACACAUCACAGUGGAAAUGCGAAGGACCACCUGCUUCAAGACAGAGAAGAGUACCUGUGAUGUCCAAGAAGGGGAACUUUACAAGCAAAUCCGGUGCUACUUCUCGGUGUAUACCAUGCCCUGGCUUGAAAGAUACAAAAUUCUCAGAAAAAACUGCACCAGUGCCUGAGUGUCUUGGAGCACAAGCUGUGUCCACCAAGCUUUGGGGUCACCCUGCAAUCAACAGUAACCCUCCGCUCACACAAUAAAGAUGG